AUGAAAUAGCAAUUUAUCUUUAAUUUAAGUUUAUAAAAUGUUAAAUUUGUGUACAUCAUUAUCUUAUUAUAGGAUCUAUUUGCUCAGUCUGGAAUGCUACUUGUAAGACAUAUUUAGGUACAAGUAGUACUUUAGAUCAUGUGAAGUAGCCAAAUACCUUUAAAAUUCAUAAUUUCUUCCUUAGACUUCCUCAUGCAUUGCUUGCGUCAAAAAUUCAUAUGAUUGUACUUCAUGCAUUGAAAUUAAUUAAACAGUUAUCAAUUUUAAAUGUUUUUGUAAUGAUGGAAGUUAUAUUGAUGGAUCAAAUCAAUGUUAAUUUUGUUAGGCACCAUUCUCAAAGUGUGAAAAUAAUGGUAAUUAUUGUACUGAUUACGUCUUAACUUUUACAUUAAAUUAGAAUUCACAAUAAAAAUUUGAAUCUUUAUAUGGUUAUUUUUAGUUCGAUUCUUAAACAUGUUAAGAAUUUUUAAGUUCAUGCAACUUAUAAAUGGAAUGAAAAUCACUGUUUAUCAUGUUUUGAUAGUAAUCAAUAGCAAAUAUUCAUUUUUAUUUGUAUGUAAAACAGGUUGGAUUUUGGAUACUGAUGAUAUCACAUGCAUCAAAUGUUAAUUGCCAUGUUUAGAUUGUGUAGAUACAAUAAAUAAAUGUGUUACUUGUAAAGAUACAAUACAUUAAUAAACUGAGUCUUGCCAAAGUGAGUCUUGA